AUGGAGCCAAAGCCUGUAGAUACUGCUGAAGUAGGGACUGAAAGGGUUCAUUUUGAUUUCGAAUUUGGUAUGUCAAACGAGCAGCCUGUUAGAAAUUCAGAUACCGACUACGGGACUCCGAUGAUUUACAAAGCAUUCAUAGUGAAGAGGAAGGCAAUAGAACUUCAAGAAGGAGGGCUUCCAAUGAUGCUUUCAAUGUGGGGACAGAUAUGGAGGAUCCAGUGCUUGAUAUUUGAGUCGAAGGCUGUACUAAAGGUUGCAAUCACAACAUAUUCAAUUACAAACAAUAGAGAGAUUAAGUUCAAAAAGGAUGAUGCUAGUAGAUUGAGAGUCAAGUGUAAGGGAGAUUGUCCAUGGGUGUUGUAUGCUACAAAGGAGCAUGAUAGAUAUUUAAUUGAUUGGGAGGCUGAGCAAAACAUGUCAGUUACUGCAUUGAUGGAGAGGGUUAAGCGAGAUGGUUUAUGUGAUAUCUCAGCUUGGCAGACAUAUAGAUCGAAGGAGAAAGUGCUCGAAAAAAUUAGAGGGAGUGUGGUGGAGCAUUACAAAUUACUGGCAUUGAGAGAUGGUUUUAUUCGAGGUUGCAGAAGGGUGAUUGGGGUAGAUGGCUGCUUUUUGAAGACAGAGAUUGGUGGCCAAUUGUUGACAGCUGUUGACGCGAAUAAUGGUAUGUAUCCGAUGGCAUAUGCAGUUGUGAAGGUUGAAAAUGGGGAUAAUUGGAAAUGGUUUUUGGAGUUAUUGAAGGAUGAUUUACACAUACAUAACAGUCAACAUUGGAUAUUCAUUUCAGAUAAGCAAAAGGGAUUAACAAAUGCAAUUAGGACAUUGUUUGAGAACUUGGAGCAUAGGACGUGUGUCAGACAUCUAUACAACAAUUUCAGCAUCUUUCACAAGAGUUUAGCAUUGAAGAAGUGUUUGUGGGAUGCAGCCAGGGCCACUACUAUAUCGCAGUAG